ACCCGCACAGGGAGCAGAAGCAGGGCGUGAUCGAGAGUGCGAACCGAGAGAGCAGAAGAGAUGGGGCGGGUGAUGGAGAAGCUGAAGAUAUUCGUGGUGAAGGAGCCCGUCGUCGCCGCCUCUUGCCUCAUCGCUGGCGUCGGUCUCUUCCUUCCUGCUGUAGUUAGGCCUAUCUUGGAUUCCUUUGAGACAGCCAAGCAGGUCCCACAACCUGCUCUUUCUGAUGUGGUAGCUGGUGUGACUGGCAAGAGAAGAGACUAAUCUGCAUCUUAUUAGUGUUCCUCGUGCUUUUAAUUCCUCUCAUUAUAUUCUCCUUCUACUUUGAGGCUUUUCAAGAUAGUGUGAUGUCUUUGGUUUUCUAUGUUCAGAAUGAUGUGGCUAAACUUAGACCACAUUUCUACUUUUGUUGACCGCCACUAUGGGCAUUGAACAUUGCAAGUUCAGAAUUGUUCUGGAUCAGUUCAAAUAAGAAAAAUAUUUGGAAGAUA